AGAAGUAGGAUCCAUGAAUUUAUAAUUGGACCCACGGUUGCUCCAUCAUUGUCACAGCAACCAACUUCUUCCAGUUCUCAUCUCUCAAACCUUCUCUUUCAAUUCACUCUUUCAAAACAACACAACACAACACAGAUCCUUCAUUCUCACACUAACUCUCUCUCUCACUCACCCACACCUUUCUCACCAACUCACAAUUUCACACCAAACCAAUCCAAUUCAAUCCAAUCCAUGUUUUCCAAAUUUGUAACCUGCUAAAUCCAACUCCAUUUCACAACUACUUCACCGAAUGAUGGUGGAAACCUCAACAUUAGGUCGGUUCCACCACCAAAGACUCGACUUUAAACGCUGCGUUCCGGCAUUCAUAACCUCACACAAGACCCUCUUUUUGGUUCUAUGGAUCGCAGCUUUUUCGUCGGUUUUUAUUUGGCAAAGAAACAUGGUGGUUGGUGGGUUUUUGUUUUUCGGACGAGUUUCGGUUAGACCGAUUCCCAAGAUGAGACCCGUGGUUUUCAAUUUGACGGAUUUUGGUGGUGUGGGUGAUGGGGUUACUCUCAAUACUGAAGCUUUUGAAAGAGCUGUUUCUGCUAUAUCUAAAUUGGGGAAGAAAGGUGGGGCCCAGCUCAAUGUUCCUCCUGGUCGUUGGCUCACUGCACCGUUCAAUCUUACCAGCCAUAUCACUCUUUUUCUAGCUCAAGAUUCUGUUAUUCUUGGCAUUGAUGAUGAGAAGUAUUGGCCACUCAUGCCUCCGUUGCCUUCAUAUGGGUAUGGAAGGGAGCGUCCUGGGCCUCGAUAUGGAAGUUUGAUUCAUGGUCAGAAUCUUAAAGAUGUUGUGAUAACAGGGCAUAAUGGCACCAUAAAUGGACAAGGACAAGCAUGGUGGAAAAAAUUUCGCCAGAAGCGUCUCAACUACACAAGGGGGCCACUUGUUCAGAUCAUGUGGUCUAGUGACAUUGUAAUCACUAAUAUUACUCUACGUGACUCUCCUUUUUGGACAUUUCAUCCAUAUGACUGCAAAAACAUUACAGUAAAAGGUGUUACAAUUUUGGCUCCUGUAAUUGAAGCUCCAAACACUGACGGCAUAGAUCCUGACUCUUGCGAGGAUAUGUUGAUAGAGGACUGUUACAUAAGUGUGGGAGAUGAUGCAAUUGCUAUAAAGAGUGGUUGGGAUCAAUAUGGAAUUGCUUAUGCAAGGCCUUCCAUGAAUAUAAUGAUCCGAAACCUUGUUGUUCGCUCUAUGGUCAGUGCUGGUAUCUCAAUAGGCAGUGAGAUGUCUGGUGGGGUAUCCAACAUCACAGUGGAGAAUCUUCUUGUAUGGGAUUCUAGGCGUGGUGUGAGGAUAAAGACUGCACCUGGGCGAGGGGGAUAUGUGCGACAAAUAACUUAUCGGAAUAUAACGUUUGAGAAUGUCCGUGUUGGAAUUGUGAUGAAGACAGAUUACAAUGAACACCCUGAUGACGGCUAUGACCCUACAGCACUUCCAGAUAUAAGAGACAUUAGCUUCACCAGUAUCUAUGGCCAUGGAGUUCGUGUGCCGGUACGUAUUCACGGUAGCGAAGAGAUUCCUGUGAGAAAUGUAACUUUUCGUGAAAUGUCAGUUGGAUUAACCUACAAGAAGAAACACAUAUUUCAAUGUGCAUUUGUACACGGCCGCGUAAUAGGGACCAUUUUCCCAUCUCCAUGCGAGAACCUUGAUCGGUACAAUGAGCAAGGACAGCUGGUUAAACAUUCCAUGUCCCAGAAUGUAACAGAUAUAGAUUAUGAUUUUUGAGGUGUCAUGUUCAAUUUACUCGUUCAUGAAUUUAUGUCUGUAUUAGAUUCAUUUUUUUCUCCUUUUGUAACUUCACUUCCCCUCUCCAUUUUAUAGCUUUCUGAAGUGGAGUUGUAAAUACGAAAAUUUUCAGAUGCUUAUAAAAAUUUACUAUGUUACACGAAUGCAUA